AUGAACGACAGGGUCGAAAGCCACGAAGAUGCACAGGACAGCACACGCGAGAUCCAGAUGACCCCCAAAAUUAGGGCACCCUUUAGGCAAAAACAAGGCACCUCGAGGGGAGGCACGAGAGAAGAUGACGCGGAAAGGGUCUGGACACCUUUGACUCAGCUGGUUAAUCUCGAGGGCGGACAAGCGCAGCUUCUAGAUACAACUGUCGAGGUCACCACUGCUAACAAUGCUACUAAACCCUCUUUAACUUCCAUCGAAAUGGAUCUGAUAUACCCAGGGACUACUAAUGACCUCACCAUCACGCGACACUACACCGGCAAGUUCACCUGCGAUUUCGAACUGUAUGCUUAUCCCUUUGAUGUCCAGAAAUGUCUGGUGAAACUUCGCCUCCCUCAAGCCCACGAGAGCCACGUCCUCCUCACGCCCGAGGAAGGGCAAGUGCUGUACCUGGGAGCACCCACCCUGACCCUGUACACUGUGCAGAACGUCCGGUUUACGGACGGCUCUGGAGGAAGUCACGUGAGUGUCUACUUUGAGCUCCAUCGACGCAAGGGCGUGAUUGUCAUGUCGACUUUCUUGCCUUCGAUCCUCCUCCUGAUGGUGAGCUGGGCGACUCUCUUCGUUCGGCUGGAUGCGCUUAAUGUGCGUGCCAUGAUGUCCCUCACUACACUCCUGGUUCUUUACACGUUCUUCUCCAAUCUCUCGCGCUCCCUCCCCAGCACGGCGUCGAUCAAACUCAUCGAUAUCUGGUUCUUCUUCAUCAUUUUCCUCCUUUUUGCUAACAUUGUUAUUCAUAUCUUCGUCAAGGUUGAAACCCAGAGGAAAGCUGACAAAAACCAAAUAACUGUGGUGCAGCCUCAAGGGGUAGGACCUUUGACGAAAGAGAAAACACAUAUUUCGCUCAGACUAAUGUUGUUGUAUCGUAAAGUCAUAUUACCAGUAAUCAUUAUAAUCUUCAGUGUUGUAUUCUGGGCCACUGUAUUUUACCAUUAAGUUCCUUGAAUAGGCAGGUUUGCAAGACUUUUCAUCGUGGAACUUUAUAUUAGAACUUCAUAUUUACUUUGUCAGAGAUAAACAAUUACCAGUCUUAAGAAA